UAUCAUAUACGGUCGUAGUUUACCAAACGGCAAGCGUUCAAGCUUCAAGCUUGAAAUAUUUUACCAUUUAUUUAACUAAAACGUCAUAAUUUUAAAGUCAAGAAUCCUUCACCAGAACAACUAUCAAGUGUCUAUGUAUUAAUUACCAGAUUUUAUGAUAAUCACAAUACCAUAGAACGGCACCAUUGGUUUCGUGAAUUUCCCUGAGAUUUUGUAAUUAAACUACAAAAAUGGAUUACCAAAAUCGGCCUGGUGGUAAAACUGGUGGUGGUGGUGUUGCAUCAUGGACAGAGACUAAUAAGGAUAGACGUGAACGUCUUAGGCAACUGGCUUUGGAAACUAUUGAUCUUCAAAAAGAUCCUUAUUUUAUGAAAAAUCAUUUAGGGUCCUAUGAAUGUAAACUGUGUCUUACUCUACAUAAUAAUGAGGGUAGUUAUUUAGCCCAUACACAAGGUAAAAAACAUCAAGCAAAUUUAGCACGUCGAGCAGCUAAAGAAGCUAAAGAUGCUCCGCAACAGCCAGCUCCUGAAAAACCACGAGUAGAAACUAAAAAGUUUGUUAAAAUUGGACGGCCUGGAUAUCGAGUUACAAAACAAAAAGAUCCAGAAACAGGCCAACAAAGUUUACUCUUUCAAAUUGAUUAUCCUGAAAUUACUGAUAAUGUACGUCCACGUCAUCGUUUCAUGUCAGCAUAUGAACAAAGAAUUGAGCCACCUGACAGGAAAUGGCAGUAUUUGUUGUUUGCUGCAGAACCUUACGAAACAAUUUCCUUUAAAGUUCCAAGUCGUGAAGUAGAUAAAUCUGAAAUGAAAUUUUGGGCUCAUUGGAAUACUCAAGCAAAACAAUUUUAUUUACAAUUUGCAUAUAAAGUUGAACAAAUGAAACCACCACCUCCCAUGAAACCUCCUCCGCCAUCUCUACCGCCCCCACCACAACAUAACAUGAUGCAUCAACCUGGUUCAAAUAUGAUGUCUCAUAUGUUCCCUCCUCCACCUAUGUAUAAUCCUGGACCACCUCAAAUGAUGAAUAAUAUGAUACCUCCACCUCCUCAAUUAAUGGGUUAAUAACUUUAUGGAAGUAAUAAUGUAAUAAUUUUAAAUACUUUUUAUCGUUGUCUAAAAGACUCCAUAAAUAUUUUUCUUUGCUAUAGAAUUACUAGUACUUCAAUAAAUUUAAAUGGUAAAUUACGAUUUGUUUAAUACGUUUUAUAAAGUGUGUUGAAUAAAAGUUUUUAAAAUUUUGAAUAUACAAAAUAAAACAAUGCAUAACAUUCUUA